UCUCCCUCCUUCUUUCCUCCUGACUUUCUGGGAAGUGGUCCUGGCUGUUGUUCCUCCUUCCUCCCCAUCUGCCUGAUCUGCUCUUGAGAAAGAGCUCUCAAUCCCAUUUGAGGAGUGGCUGUGUAUUUCACUCAGGAGGAGUGGGAUAUCCUCGAUCACCGCCACGGGGCUCACUGCAAGCAGGACAGAAUGGAGGAGCGUGGGAAUGUGGUUUUUCUGGGUAACGAGAAGGAAGACCCUUUGGUGGAGUCCUCUACGGUGUCAAGGGAAACAGCUGAGACUGUGGUGGAGAAAGAGGAAAUGGUGAAUCAAAAGGGACGGAAAAAACAAAAGGGAAAUGGAUCAAAGAAAGGAAAGAAGAACUCUUCUGCUCCUCAGGAGGAGAACAAUUUAGAACUCUUGACAAUCCAAAGAAACCACAAAGGAAAAACAAGGGUACGAUGUUCUUUAUGUGGAAAAAUAUACCAGAGUAUAGCUUCCUUGAAUGUACAUUACAGAAUCCACACGGGAGAGGAAUCACAUAAAUGCACAGAAUGUGGGAAGGCCUUCUUUCAGAAAAAGAAUUUACAUGUACAUCAAAUAACACAUACUGGGGAGAAGCCGUAUCAGUGUGUGGAAUGUGGAAAGAGGUACAGACGAGGUUCCCAUCUACGUACCCAUCAAAGAACACACACAGGGGAGAAGCCACAUAAAUGCAUGGAAUGUGGGAAGAGCUUUGGUCAGAAAGGAAAUCUACAGAUCCAUCAAAAAACUCAUACAGGGGAGAAGCCAUAUAAAUGCAUGGAAUGUGGAAAGAGUUUCUCUCUAAAAAGUGGUUUAAAUGCACAUCAAAGAACACACAAAGGUGAGAAAUCUUAUAAAUGCUUGGAAUGUGGAAAGAAUUUCUCUCAAAAAGCUGUUUUAGAUAUGCAUCAAAGAAUCCACACAGACAAGAAAUCGUAUCAGUGCAUGGAAUGUGGAAAGGGCUUUUGUCAGAAGGGAAAUCUACAGGCACAUCAAAGGACUCACACAGGAGAGAAACCAUAUAAAUGCAUGGAAUGUGGAAAGGCCUUCAGUCAAGGUGGAGAUCUUCAUAUACAUCAAAGGAUUCACACAGGAGAGAAACCGUGUAAAUGCACAGUGUGUGGAAAGACCUUCUCUUGCCGUCCAAAUUUACAGAAACAUCAAAGAAUCCACACUGGGGAGAAACCAUAUCACUGCAAGGACUGUGGAAGGAGCUUCACUCAGAAUGCACACUUACGUAAUCAUCAAAGAACCCAUACUGGGGAAAAGCCAUUCCAGUGCGUGGAAUGUGGAAAGAGUUUCACUCAGAGUGGCGAUCUGCGUUCACAUCAAAGGACCCACACAGGAGAGAAGCCAUACGAAUGCACUGAAUGUGGAAAGACGUUCAGUUUUAGACAUAGUUUACAUUCACAUCGAAGAAUGCACACAGGGGAGAAGCCAUAUAAAUGUACUGAAUGUGGAAAGACCUUUGCUCGGAACGAAACUUUACGUGCACAUCAAAAAACCCAUACAGGAGAGAAGCCACAUAAGUGCGUAGAAUGUGGAAAUACUUUCUCUCAUGGUCAGAAUUUACGUUCUCAUCAAAAAAUUCACACAGGAGAGAAACCAUAUAAAUGCAUGGAAUGUGGAAAGAGUUUCUCUCAUGGUCAAAAUUUACAUUCCCAUCAAAGGACCCACACCAGAGAAAAGCCAUAUUAGUGCAUGCAAUGUGGAAAGCAUUUCAGACAAGCUGCACUAUUUGUGCAUAAAAAAUCACAUGCGAGGAAAUAACCAUAUAUAUAAAUGAAAUGUAGGAAGAGCUUGAGUCAGCAUAGUUAUGUUCAUACACAUCACACAACUCACACAAUGGGGGAAACCACAUACAAGUAUAAAAUAUGGCGUCACUAAAUCUCCCAAACAGCAAUGAUUUGAAGUAAGUCGUAUAAGAUGCUUCAUAGAUGUUUGUUGACACCAGGGAGACUUGUGUAAUG